AUGGGGGGCUGCUGGCAAUGGGGAGUGACACUGGGGGACACCCAGGAAGCCAGAACUGACCCUUUCUCUCUCUCAGAGUUAAACGCUUCCAGGGCCCGUGGCAGCAACCACAGUGUGAACAGCCUGCCGGGGCCACCGGCCGCCUGUGGCUCCACCCGGGGGUCUGUGGUCAGCUGGGCUGAAUCCGUCGAGACGCUGCUGCAGGACCGUGUGGCUGUCACCUACUUCACUGAGUUCCUCAAGAAGGAGUUCAGUGCUGAAAAUGUCUACUUCUGGCAGGCAUGUGAGCGCUUCCAGCAGAUCCCAGCCAGUGACACGCAGCAGCUGGCCCAGGAGGCACGGCGGAUCUACGAUGAGUUCCUCUCCAGCCACUCGGUCAGUCCUGUGAACAUUGACAAGCAGGCCUGGAUUGGGGAGGACAUGCUGGCCACCCCUUCCCCAGACAUGUUUCGUGUCCAGCAGCUCCAGAUCUUUAACCUGAUGAAGUUUGACAGCUACACACGGUUCGUGAAAUCCCCGCUCUACCAGGCCUGCCUGCGGGCAGAGAGCCAGGGUCAGCCCCUGCCUGACCUGAGGCCCCACUCCCGCAGCAGCAGCCCCCCACCUGACCUCAGCAAGAAGUCGAAGCUGAAGCUGGGCAAGUCCUUGCCACUGGGUGUGGAGAUGGCAGGCAGUGGUGCCAACCGCAGCCCUCGCCGGUCCUUCAGGAAAGGAGAGCGGCGGGAACCCUCCUGGGCAGAGGGGGGAGAAGGCAGUGGGAGCACUGUGCUGUGGCGGGAGUCCCAGGGCUCACUCAACUCCUCGGCCAGCCUGGACCUGGGCUUCCUGUCCUCAGCCAGCACAUCUGCCAGCCCCUGGACAGAGGGCCAUCGGAGGAGCUUGGGGGGCAGCGAGGCAGAGCUGCCAGCCAAGCCCAUGAAGUACUGCUGCGUGUACCUGCCUGAUGGCACCGCCUCGCUGGCCGCUGUCCGGCCCGGCCGCUCCAUCCGCGAGAUGCUGGCAGGGAUAUGUGAGAAGCGUGGCUUCAGCCUCCCCGACAUCAAGGUCUACUUGGUGGGAAACGAACAGAAAGCACUGGUACUGGAUCAGGAGUGCUCUGUGUUGGCAGAUCAGGAGGUGAAGCUGGAGAACAGGAUAAGCUUUGAGCUGGAAAUCUCCUCCCUCAGUAAGACCAUCCGCAUCACGGCCAAGUCAACCAAGCGCAUCCGGGAAGCGCUGCAGCCUGUGCUGGGGAAGUACGGCGUGACCAUGGAGCUGGCGCGGCUGCGGAGGCAAGGGAAGCCAGCCACCCUGGACGUGGAGAAGCUCGUCAGCACAGUGGCUGCUCAGAAACUCAUCCUGGAAACACCAGCAGGCAUGAGAGUGAUGGAGAGUGCCAAGACCGCGGCUGCCCCCUCCCUGCUCCACAGCGAGGAGGGAAGCCCGACAGGAGCAGAGUCCGACGUGCUGGAUGAGAUGCCCUCCUCCUCUUCCCGGCCUCGGUCUUCAGCUGCCACUAACCUGAACCGCCGCACUUAUGACCUGGAAGGACUGGUGGAGCUGCUNNACCGUGCCCAGAGCUGCCGGGCCAAUGACCAGCGUGGGCUGCUCUCCAAGGAGGACCUGGUCCUGCCUGACUUCCUACAGCUCCCUGGGGAGGACAACAGCACCUGCAAGGGUUCGGAUCAGCCCCACACCCCUCACCCAUCCUCCAAGGGACAUGACUGCGCUCAGCCUGCAGAGCCUGCACCAGCUCAGCCUGCAGUCAACCACGAGCUCCGAUGA